CACACACACACACACACACACACCGACAGCCGUUACGUCACACGUCGGGAAUGCAGUGAGGAGCUGCUGCCGCUGCCGAAGGCCUCAGGAUCCGUCACAAAAAGCCUGCGAUGUCCGGUCCCACCUGGCUCCCACCGAGGUCUCUGGAUAGCCCCGAGCAAGCCGCCCCCCCACAGAUGUCUCACUCUGCUGGGUCAGCAAUCUACAGAGCCCCCAACAAGAAGGGGACGCCUGACUUUCGGCCAAAAUAUGGCCCCUAUGACCAGAACGGAGGAGGAGGAGGAGGAGGAGGAGGUGGUAGUGGUGGGAUGGCCAACAGGUACAUGGCUACUGGACCCACAGGUGGGCCCAUUCAUCAUUCGUCUAGCGAUCACUACUACUCCCCGCCCCAUGGGCCCAAGGAAGACCGCAACUGGAGCCCUCACCUGGACAGUUACGAGCUGAUGCACCGCGGUCCGGAAAAGCCAGCGAGCUAUCACUCUAAAAUCGACGCUGAUAUUGACUCCCUCACCAGUAUGCUCGCUGACCUGGACAGCCACCCGCAGGACACGCAGCUAUACGACAAUGUGCCUUACAACAAGUACCUCCCGGGGGAUCACUACAAGCCCGCGCACCAGAGUGCAGGCCCUCCUCAGGGUCGGCCAUCCAUGGGCUACCCCCCUCAUCCCCAGAGCCAAUACCACCCAGCUCCCCGCUACCCCAGCGAGCACCAGUCCCCUCAGUACCCCACCUCCCACCAGCCGGACUACUACUCCUCCUCUUCAACCCCAAAGCCCUACCCCCAGCCCGUCCCGGCCUCCUACACCACUGCCUCAACUCCUACUGGGCCCAGGUUCAGCGUCCAGGUCAAGACGGCUCAGCCGGUCACCUACUCUCAGACGGGGAGGCAGGCUGAACAGGCCUACACGCCGCCCCCUCCUCGCCAGCACGUGUCACGGCCCCCUCCUCAGACGAGUCCGCAGGGCUGGUACCCUCCACACCCCAGCUCGCAAGCUCAGGAGAUGCACUCUGAGGUGGUGUACAAGGGGAGCAGCUCAGGACCUGGAGGAAGAGUUGUCCAGGUCCCACAGUCCAAGAGAGGGAUGGAGAAUCAUCAAACCGGGCCAGGGGCUGCGCAGAGUCCUGCUUAUCAGUCCAGCCAGCAGGGUAUAGCAACAACAAGGCCAGAGGAAGAGUUGGAUCGACUUACCAAGAAGCUGGUAUACGAUAUGAACCACCCCCCUGUCGAGGACUAUUUUGGCCGCUGUGCCCGGUGCGGGGACAACGUGGUCGGUGACGGCAGUGGCUGCAUCGCCAUGGAGCAGGUGUUUCACGUGGAGUGUUUCACAUGCAUCACCUGCCACGCCCGUCUCCGGGGGCAACCCUUCUACGCCCUCGACAAGAAGAGUUACUGUGAGAGUUGUUACAUUAGUACAUUAGAGCGCUGUUCAAAGUGCUCCAAGCCCAUCCUGGACCGUAUCCUGCGGGCCAUGGGAAAGGCCUACCACCCUCGCUGUUUCACAUGUGUGGUUUGCAACUGCUGCUUGGACGGGGUGCCCUUCACCGUGGACGCAACCUCUCAGAUACACUGCAUCGAUGACUUUCAUAGGAAGUACGCUCCUCGCUGCUCCGUUUGCGGUGAGCCCAUCAUGCCCGAACAGGGUCAGGAGGAGACCGUGAGGAUCGUAGCUCUGGACCGCAGCUUCCAUGUUAACUGUUACAUCUGUGAGGAAUGUGGUCUCCUGCUGUCCUCUGAAGGCGAGGGUCGAGGCUGUUACCCGCUGGACGGCCACAUCUUGUGUAAGAGCUGCAGCGCAUGCCGCAUCCAGGACCUCUCAGCCAAAAUCUCCACAGACUGCUAACGGCAACGCCGCAUCGUACUCAUUAUCGAUGGUUGCCGAGAGGAUGUGCUCCUGCUUUGACCCGCGAGGUGCUUUUUUUUUUUUUUUUUUUGUCCUUUUGUUGCUCUGACGGCGACAUAAACGUUGCUUUAGUUCCCUCUGUUGGUAUCCAGCUGUAAUUUCGUUUGCAGAGGAACAAUCUUUCUGAGAUGGAGUCCUGGUGGAGCAAGGACCCUUUCAUUCUGAUGUCCUACUACAUUUACUCGUUGUUGUUUUAUUAUUUUGUUGGUACACAGCGGCCCCAUUUUUCUCCGGUUUAGUCCAGUAUUGGUAUGACGGGGGCCUGACCUGCCGGCAGCUUGGGCUCCACAUUUAUCGGUACUGCUCAACUAUUAGUCAAAGACGAUGAAAGUAUGGAAGGAUAUCACAGAUUACGGGAGGGGACGCAGCUUAAAUGCUAAUUAGACUAAACUAUCUUCCCGAUGGGACCUGUACAUUUGUAAAAACACUUAAACGUUUCAGAACUGCCACAAAACGAGCAUCUUAAAAGCACAUAGUGCAACAACUGACUACAUAACAGGCCGGUUUGGCUGGAAAGCACGUCGCCUUCAGAGCUUUCAGAGACGUAGCCUCGUAGCAGGAGAAAUGUAGAAGAAAAGGUUUGUUUUUUUGUUUGUUUUUUACUUCAGCUUUUAUGAAAUGGAAGUACAAUAUUAGCCCGAACAAAUCUUUCAUCAAUCUCAACCUCACAGCAUCAUGUUUAAUUGUUUAAUUGGAGUUCAAAACAGAACUGUUGUCAUUUUUUGUUUUCCUUUGUUUUCCUUUUUUUCAUCAUCCACAAUAACACUUUUGAAUGUCUACGAAACACAAUCUUUUGUUUAACACGUGUUGGUUGAUACUUGACUGUUACAUUGAAGACAAUGGUGCAAUGAAGUCAAACGCUUUCUUCUGUCUUAGGAAAAGGGGAGUUGGUCACUCGUGUGCUUUGAAAGCGUCCUCUUGUUUGAAGUCUGAGCCUUACGUGAACUCGAUUUACUUCACAAAUACUUUUACAUAAUAGUUAUUCUUUAUAUUUGACAAAAUAAUAGUGGACAUAAAUGUGAUGUGUUUUCUUUUUUCUUUCUUUUUUACCCGAAAAUCAAUGGUGGUGGUUUUGGAAUGCAACUCUUCACUCGCUGAUUGGAUGUUUUUGUCGUUCUCAGACUUUGGAGCUUCAGUAUUUGUUAUGAUUGUGUUUUGACCUCCGGUCUUUCCGUCCUGAUUUUGUAUUCGUUGAACUUUUUAAAGGGCUAGAACUUUGAAAGCCUUAUCUCAAGGAUGUCAUUCAGUUUCAUAAUCAAUUUAUUUAUUUUUUUUUGGUAAACUGGGUUUUUCUGUGAAUUCAUUUUUUUGUAAUUUUUUUUUCCAUCAUCCUAAAACGGUUCCUUUGCAUUUUUCGUCUCCUAAUUUAUUCACUGCAUUGAUCUGCGUUUGGUCAUCCAGGUUAUCAUUUCAUUCCUGCUCAGAAUCGUAAUUUCUUCUUUUUCUUUUCUUUUUCUUUAUCCGGGCCCACGCCAACUCUUGUGUCAUUCUCCUUUUUUAAAUCACAUCAUUUAGUUUUCUUUCCACUCAAUCGUGUAUCGUCCUCACUGCGUGUUCAGCUUGAAAUGCUGUGAAUUGGAGCUUUAGAUCGAAGUCUCGAGAAGAAGGGCCAUUCUGUACCGAAUAAACAGGUCGUAGAAGAAGAAAUGGCAUUUACACUAAUGGGAGAGCACGUUGAACACAUGGGUGGAUUUACUCCUAAUACAGGUUGAAGUAACAUCAUUAUUAAAACGUCAUCAAAUCGA